AUGAAGAGAGUAAAAGCUGUAAAGGAAAACGGAUGGCCAGGAAUCACAUUCUACACCACGCUUUCUAAGAGCUCCGUGGAUUAUGAAACAUUUAGAAGAUAUGCAGAAAGAAGGAUGGAGAUUCUGAGGGGGGAAGUGGGAGAAGCUGUUCUUUCCAAGUAUUUCAGCAUGGAUGCGGAGGACGAUAUCCUCUCCCACUUUUUUUGCAGGGUAGUAUGUUCUCAGGACCCCUGGACUGCCACUUGGUUUGUGAACGCCGAGGUAAAUCUGCUGCGGCAUAAGAUUUCCAAGAAUCCGAGUGGCGCAAGAUCGUUUUUUCUCACUGAGAUACUGCCUCACAUGGAGGGAGCAAAGGUUGAGGACGGUAUUCUGAUGCUUGGGAUGAAAAGCAGAUAUAAUCCGGAUGUGGCUGGGGGAAUGGUUUCUUCUAAUAUUCUUGUGCAUUUCACAAAGGUUAUUGAUCUGGUUGGUAAGAGGGCAGUGAUACCUGAAAGGGGAUACAUCAGACUGAACGACGAGGGAGUUAGGUCAAUGCUUGUUAACGAGUAUAGAAGAUAUCUUGAUGGUAGGAUGGACGAGCUUGUAGAGACUUCUUUGCGUGAUCCCGACGAAAGAAUGAAGGCCCUUUCCACCGAACUAUUAGCAAGUUCAACAAAAUGCGAAAGAAACAUCAGCUUUUCGCUGGAUGAAUCGGAGAAGUACCUUCCUCCGUGUAUUCAGGCUAUAAUGGAAAAGCUGAGAAGGAAUAAACAUCUCAAGUACAACGAUAGGCAGAUACUGUGCCUUUUUCUCAAGGAUUGUGGAAUGAGCAUUGACGAUGCAAUAGAUUUUUUUCGAAACUCAUUCAAAGUUGGACGGGAGGUUUUUGACAAGGAAUACUUGUAUUCUAUCAGGCACAACUAUGGUCUUGAGGGUAAGAGAGCAAACUAUUCUUGCUUUACCUGUUCAAAGAUAGCGAAUACAACAAACGAAGAGAGGAAGAGCAGCUGCCCUUUUGUUGAAGAUGAAGAGUAUAUAAGGAAGCUGAGUGAAGAAGCGGAAGUGGACAUCGAAGAUGUAAUAGGCGUUGGUUCUUUCAAUGGGAAGUGUACAAGGUUUUUGGAGAAGCUGACUCAUAGAAAACAAGAGAGGUUGGUUGUAACGCCUAUCAGAUAUUAUUUUGAAUGCAAAAGUCUUGGCGAAGGUGCCGAAAAAACCUGA